AUGGCAACAUGGUUAAGAAUAUCCCCAARCAUCACCUUACUCACCUUGGCACCAUUUGCCCUGUUAUAUCUGGUAUGCUAUUACUUUAUCUCCAAAGAAAUCACCAAAGACGAGCCAAAGUCAGUGACUAAAGACRAWGUGGCCUAYWCCAUAGURGACACUUCUGACAACGAAGACGACGACGAUUCAAAACAUGGAAACGCCGAGAGGUUUUCCCGGAACAACAUCCUUUCUUUUAAAGACAAACUUAAAGCURUCAAGAAAAUGGCAGUUUUAUUGGGAAUUCCAUUAUUCAURAUAUMUAUGGCAGAGUUCACGUUGUACGAGUCCAUCAUUACAACCAUUGCUUAUCCCAACUCACCUUUCCCACCACGUGAUCAUUACCAGUACUACUCGCUCGCGCUGAUGAUAGGAGAGGUCCUGGGGCGGUCCCAUCGGAGCAUYCUACAAAUGGUCAAACCUGAUUGGCUCUUCVCUCCAARAGCAUUUGUUCUCGGGUUGCUAGCUGCCAUUGAAAGUUUAAUUCURAUUUUCUUGUUCUUCGAAUCUUGGUAUCGYUUUUUGCCGGGCGUUGUGACUGUGAUUMYUCUGUGCUUCUUYGCUGGGUUCAUCAAYGGUGUUGCCUUUAUAAGUGGAAUUGAGCUAGUCCGCGUUUCAACUGAAGAUAACGAGCGUGAGUUUKCAUUUUCCAUAUCGAUUCUCCCAAUGACUUCUGGGAUACUUGUAGGGGCUUUAAUUGGUUUGUAUGUGGAGCCUAACCUGAUGCAACACUGUAUAUUAACGUUAACUGAUUCGGCUUAUUGUUUCACUAGACAUACUAAACUGUCGUUAUAG